AACCUGAGAGUGUUCGUCGACACUAUUCCGGAUCCCCAGAUCUUCGUCUACGAUUUCCUCGCUGGGGACCUCUUGCGGUUCGCCCAGCGGCCUCUGUCGCACGAGACGCGGAGGAGCAUUCUCAGGAAUGUCCCUUACCGGACUCGCUGAAUUGCACGACAGAGGCAUCAUGCACACGGACAUCAAGCCCAACAACAUCCUGAUCGACUAUAAUGAGGAGCCCGGAAAAGACCCCGCGAUAAGCCAGGUCCGUAUCUCGGACCUCGAGGACUCGGUUCUCUUGGGGCCGGGAGAGUACAUCGUCGGAUGUCUCUGCGGUCACGAGUUCUGGCGCAGUCCUGAGUCCUGGGCCCGCGCGAGCCAGGACACGGCAUCGGAUGUCUACUCGUUUGCCGUCGUAGCAAUCUAUGUCAUGCUCGACCACAUGAUCUUCCACUUGAGCGCCGAAGAGCUACAAGGGGACAAGGCCUGGUGGCACAUCCUCCAGAGACACGUGUCGUAUUUUGGCGACGAAGAUGGCAUUCUGGGUCUGCUUGAACAUCUCGGCAAGGAGAAUCCGUUCUUUGACCGUGUCAUCGCCUUGGUUGAGGACUUCGACGAGGAAAAACGCAGGACGCCGUUUGCGCUCUGGCCGCAUGUGGAUGCGGAUUUUCGGGAUCUGAUUUGCAAGAUGACGAGCUUGGAUCCGAAGAAGAGGAUAACGGCGAGGGAGGCCCUGCAACAUCCUUGGUUUCAAGCAGGCGAGCAUGUGGGCUGAAUCAUCGAGACUAACACCAACCAACCGAGGUUUAGGCGCGAUGCCUCUGUCAGCGAUCGGAAAAAGACAACAGUGGGUGGCGUGGUUCCAAUGCUUGGGUCCACUGCCAUUUGCAUUCCGCGCCGUCAUCUGCAAGUGUCCCGCCCACGGGUCAGAUUACACGAUUGUCCUUCCGUAAUUGGGCCGCAACCACACCACCACAAACCCCUCCCCCCCUCCAUUUAGCCGGCUUGUGCUUGUCUGCCGUCCGGGCCCGAGAGCAGCCCAGCCUUCGGCUCGAGUCGGUCAGUCAGUGGUCAGACCUUUAGCUCGACGGC